GCCUAGAAACCGAUCAAUUUGUGAAAUCAAAUGAACGACAUCAUUUAUACUUAGCCAACACAGCUGACCGAUGAAAUCAAGAAAACCACAGCCAAAUUGUAGAAAUACUGCAUGCUUUCCAGAAUAAAAAUAAACAAUGGGGAAAAGAAGGGGCAAACUAGGAAAAGCUGCUCGAAAUGCCAAAGCAGGUCCUGCUACUGGGCUUGAGGAAGAAACAUACCAAAGGGCCCCACAUUCGUUUGUUUUUCACAGAGGUCAUGUUGGUAAGACUGUCAAAGAACUUGUUCUGGACAUUAGGAAAAUAAUGGAACCCUACACUGCUUCAAACCUAAGGGUGAGAAAGAAAAAUGUCAUGAAAGAUUUCUUAACAAUUGCUGGGCCUCUCCACGUCUCCCAUUUCAUUGUGUUCACAAAAACAGAUAUCGGCACAUACAUGAAGCUAGUCUGUGUCCCUCGUGGGCCAACGCUGACAUUUAAGGUCAAUGAGUUUAGUCUUUCCAAGGAUGUUUUGUCAUUUCAAAAACAUCCAGAUGUGGACUCCAGGCUGUUUGCAAACCACGCUGUAAUGGUGACCAACAUACCCUCGGACAGUAUGGAGAACAAGCUCAUGAAUAUUACCUUCAAAAACAUGUUUCCUUCAAUCAACCCAAAUACAGUGAAACUCAACAACAUGAGAAGAUCUGUCCUGGUCAACUACGACCCUCAAAGUAAAACUGUAGAUAUCAGACACUAUAUAAUGAAAGUUACACCAACUGGGGUGAGUAAAGCCAUGAAGAAGCUGAUGAGAUCAAAGCUGCCUGACUUGGGACACCAUGAGGACAUUGCCGACCUGUUUAUGGAGAAAGGGCUGUCUGACAGUGAAGGGGAGCAGGAUGGCCCACACAACCAGGUCACAGUCACACAAAAUGUCAAAGGUCGAGGGGUUACAAGGAAUGCUGUCAAUGCUAUCAGGUUAAAAGAAAUUGGUCCACGGCUGAACCUGACGCUGAUAAAGAUUGAAGAAGGUUUUGAAGAUGGAGAUGUUUUGUAUCAUUCAUUGGUUGUCAAAACACCAGAGGAGCUGGAGGCCAUCAAAGCCAUGAGAAUACAAAAACAAAAGGAAAAGUUGGCCAGAAAACAGAAACAGGAGGCAGAUGUGAGGAAAAAGCAAAAACUUAAAGAAGAGCACAUCAAGAAAACAGAAGAAGGAAUGAAGAGGAAAAUGAAGGAGAAAGGUGAAAUAGAGGCAGUAGAUGAGGAAGACAAAAGUGAAAUGGAUAACAAAACUGAAAAUGAAGAGGAGGAUGUGAAGAAUGAGGAUGAUGAUGAUGACAGAGAGUACUACAAGCAGGAGAUAGGAGAGGAACCUGAGCCAGAAAUGUUCUCAAGUAGUCGAAAAAGGAAAAGGGGAAGCCAAGAUUCUGUUGCGCCUCAAGCUAAACGAGCUAAACAAGGGAAGAAUGAUUUUAAACAAGGGAAGAAAGAUUUCAAACAAGGGAAGAGAGACUUUAAACAAGAGAAGAAAGAUUUUAAGAAGGGACAUAAGCAAGGAAGAGGGGAGACAAACCAAAAACACCAGAAAGAAAAUAGAUUUAGUGGAGCUUCUGGAAAUAAAAAAAGUAAAUUCUCAGUUAAGUUUCAGCAAAAAGACAAGUUUGAUGGUAAACAAAAAGGGAGGAAGGACGGGAACAAAAAGAAAAGGCCAGUUCACAACAAGGUGAAAAAACCAAUGUUUAGGCCAAAAGGCAGUAGAAAGCGAUAGCAGAAAUCUUGAUAACUCUGUUGUUUCAUCUCCAUGUUUUCUAUAUACAGCAUAGACAAGAUAUUAAACAAUUACAUUUUA